CGCUCUUCUUCAAAGAACGAGCGUCUUGCUGAAAAUCCCUCUUCAUUCUUUUCUCUUCCUCGCUGGCGAGUGACUUAAUAACUCUUAACAAUUUUUUUUUUAAUUCGAAGGAUUUUGCUGCAACCCUCCUUUGCGACUCAACCUCCACCACUUAACCCCACUCAACACCACACAUACUUGCAUACCACCACUUACAUCCCCCACAAUGGGUAACAAUCUCUCCUCAACCUUCGUCCCCGACACUUCGAAAGUCGUGCUCAGUCCUGAAGACCGACACGCGGACAUGUUCCUCGGUAUAUUCUGGGCAUCGUCACUCUACGCCUGCGCCAUGAUCUUCAGCACCUGCGCUCUGAUCGACCGAUGGAAGGGUCCCUACGAUCGCGUUAGAACGUCACUUGGUUCGGUUAUGGGAGCGUUGCUAUUAUCGACGGCUUGGCCUGUUGUCAUGGCAUACUUGAUCUUUUCGCCGGCUGAUGUCGAAUAAGCGGAGGAACUAUUGGGUCACGGCCUUGGGAAUGAGUACUUGGAAAGGGUUUGGUUGGGUUGGAUUGGGCGAUUGGCGUCUUGAGAAUUGUGGUGGAAAUGGCAUUACGGUCAGACCUGGAGUUUGAAUGCAUACCACGGCGAUAUACCAUCUAAUACAAUUUUUUUUUCUUAUGUUUAUCAUAUUUGAUUGACUCGACUUGCCGAUGAUCCCCUCUAUCCGCGUGAACCGA